AUACAGUGUCAUACAGCUCUCUCUGGAGCUUGUGUAUCAGCAAAGUUCCUCUCAGCUGAUGUUGAGAACCCAUUCAUGACCUUGAUAAGAACUGUCCGGCCAACGUUUCAAGCCUCUCUGUCUCUUGUUGCUAUCUUCACUGUGUAUUUGAUUUGGACUUGGCAGACAGCAAUCCCAGCAUCAGCCAUGAGUCACAACCACAUGAACCACAGUAUGAUGACAACAGCGAGCAACAUGAAUCAUGACCACAUGAAUCACAACCCAGGCAUGCACAUGGACAUGAACAAUACUGGUGGCUGUGACAGCAUGGGCAUGAUGAUGUACUUUCAUGAGGGCAACUGUGAGUAUGUCCUGUUUGAGGGACUGCAUGUGACCACAGCGGGAGGCAUGGUCGGUGCGUGUUUUGCCAUAUUUGCCCUGGGCGUGCUUUAUGAGGGGCUGAAGGUGUUGCGGGAAACGUUGCUGCAGCGUGCCAUGGUCAGCAAGUAUGCAAGCAGCGCCAACGGAGGUUCACAGGAUGCCAUGGUUAUCAACAACAAAAAUGUUGGCAUCCACAUGAUGAGUGGCAGCCACUUCCUCCAGACACUGCUGCACAUGAUCCAGGUGUUCAUCAGCUACUGCCUCAUGCUCAUCUUCAUGACCUACAAUGUCUGGUUGUGCCUCUCUGUCAUACUCGGUGCUGGCGUAGGCUACUUCCUGUUUGGCUGGCGCAAAGCCAUUGUCGUCGAUAUCAACGAACACUGCCACUAGUGACUUGUAGCCUUCACUUGCCACUCCUGCAGUUUUUGAGUAUUUUUUUUAUGUAUGAAAAUGGUUCUGAACAAAGUGAUAUUAAUAUUUUACUGUUGAUUUUAAUAAAGAAAGUACAUAAUGAAUGUAUUUAACGUAUUCAAUAGUCAGAAUUCAAGCAUUCAUUGUAUAUUAUGCGAUUUCAUAUUUUUAUAAUGAUUUACAUUUAUUUCUUAGAAGCUGUACUUUAUAAUUUGCUAAAUCUGCAGUUAAUUAAAGAAUUAAUAAUUAUUUCAAUGCCCCCAGUAUCUACAGGUAAUAGGAGGCAUUUAGCAAUUGGUCUGUCCCUUCGUUUGUUCGUUGCUCGUUCUUCUGUCAGUCAGAAGUGAACCAAAAGUGGUGUACUUGCAUGGAUGAUGUCUGUGAACACUAUCAACACACACAUCACCUGUUCUCAUCUUUACCUUGACAAUGCCUUAUUUAUGACUGCCUCAUGCGCAGGUUCAAUAUUUUUGCGUUAUCCAAAAAGAAUCUUGUCUUCUAACAUAAAUAAUGCUUUCUACAAAGCUUGGAUACUUGCAUGGAUGUUAUUUAUGAACUCGCUUACCACCCACACACACAUCACCUAACCUAGACCUCGACAUUAACCUAUAUUUGGACUGAUUCAAAUAGGCCAAUGGUCAAUUAUGACGAGGCUUCCACCCAGGGCAUAUGCAUUCAUUGCACCCAGCAUCUUGCUUAUAUGUUGGGUCCCACUGUGGUAUUUUGUGAUUACCUAUUAUCAGCAUGUAAGCACUCCUACACUACAAAACAUGCACCAUUCAAACCAACAUGAAUUGUUUGUUAUGAUAUGAAGUUGUGCAGGGGCAAUGUCUAUUAUCCUACGUUAAAAAUUGUGAAAGUUUUGAACCUCUGUCAACUUUGAAUUUCAUAACAAUAUUAUUACCAUUUGCUAUGUCAACUUUGGAUUUCAUAACAAUAUUAUUACCCUUUGCUAUGUAUUAUGAAAUGAGGCAUUGACAACUUUAGUCACUUCUGUAGCAAGGUUUAUGUAAUAAUUGAUGUAAUUUAACCAUUCAUAUAACUGUAUACACAUUAAAACUUGUUUAUUAUUUAGUUUACCCUCCAGUGCACAGUGUAUGUAGAGCUACCCUCCAGUGCACAGUGUAUGUAGAGCUACCCUCCAGUGCACAGUGUAUGUAGAGCUACCCUCCAGUGCACAGUGUAUGUAGAGCUACCCUCCAGUGCACAGUGUAUGUAGAGCUACCCUCCAGUGCACAGUGUAUGUAGAGCUACCCUCCAGUGCACAGUGUAUGUAGAGCUACCCUCCAGUGCACAGUGUAUGUAGAGCUACCCUCCAGUGCGCAGCGUAUGUAGAGCUACCCUCCAGUGCACAGUGUAUGUAGAGCUACCCUCCAGUGCACAGUGUAUGUAGAGCAACAUGUUGAUAGCAUACUGGUAUUUAUUUUAAGAUUAUUGAGUUUGGCAAAAAUGUUCAUUAGGGUUUUGUGUAUGAUAAAUAUCCACAUUCCAAUGCACACACAUGUGUGUUGAUUAUAUCAAACAUUAAUUUUGAUGUUGAUUUUAAAUGUUUUUAAAUUAAAGUUUCAAUUAUGUAAAAAACAGUGAGAUGACUGUGUAGUGUUAAAAUGUUAUAUAUUUUAUUUAACAGUACGUUCUGACUGUUCCAGACAUAUUAAAAUAUUUCUCUAAUGCUAUGGAGCAACCUUUAACGUGAUCUGGGGCGUAAACAUGUCAAUCAGUUCAUGGUACCAUGUAUUAACAUAAUACCAUGUGAAAUGUUUCAUGUCUGUGUAAGCUGACACUCUAGUUGUCAAAUCAUGGACAGCAUAGUAUGAGCCUAGCUCUGGAAGGACCAAGCUUAAAGCGGGUAUAUACGAUUUUGUCAAAUAUUUAUGAAUUUAUAUAAAAUGUGUAAAAAACUUAUUAUAUAUAUAUUACAAUAUAAAUUAAAAUAAAAGUUAAGAAGAACAUGUGUCGAAAAAUGCGAAAUAAGCCAGAUAUUUAAUUCUGAAAUUGAAAACGGCUGUACAGCCGAAUUCGCCAGCAUGUAUACCAUACAUGUGAAUCUAAACUUAGUGUAACGGUUUAUUUGAAUUCCUGCAACGAUAUCUAUUCAUACGACACACGAACACUAACUCCGAUCCUAAUACAAAGACGAAUGCUUCGGUUAUUGUAGGAAAAUAUUUACGUCACAAUCGGCUCGGGGCGCUAAUUUGUCUUUGCUGCAUUUUAUGAAAUUUGGCUUUAAUGUAUAAUUUUUCUUGCCCAUUUUAUGUUAUUGUAACAUAUUUUAUCAAUAUAUUACAAUUAAAAACAUAUAAAAAAUCGUUUUUACCCGCUUUAAUGCAUGUGUGUCUGGCGUGUCCAAGAUUAGCAUGGACUGAAUUUUCUGGACUUCCUUAAACAAAAAUUCCAUUAAAGCAUAAUCUAGUUAAUUAGAUAACAUAUACAUAUAUGAACUGUAUGCUUUUUAUAAUGAUGUUGUAUAUUAUUUUGGUUAUAUGUUAAUUUUAACGCCAAAUAGUAUGUAACACUUUGACAUUGUUGCAAUUGACGUCAUGUGAUUGUGACGUCAUUUCCUUUAUUUAAUAACAAAAUGUUUACUCCUGAUGAAGGUCUAAAUUGACCGAAACGUUGAGUGAAUAGAUUUAAAAAAAAAAAACAAAGUAGUUGUUUCUCUGUUUUAUAUAAUUAUAAAAGCAUAGUGUCAUCCCUGAUCAGCCUAUGCCUGGGAUGACACUUAAUGAACCUGCAGUAAGCCCCGAUUUCCCAGAGUGAGGCUUAUACAGAUUUUAUGUGCUUAAAAUGCUUGUGAACAAGGUUGUCAUAUCUUGUUUGUUGUAGAUCUAUCAAUUAUGUUGUACACACAGGUAAUGUUACCAUGUAUAUCCUGUUUUAAACUUUACUUGUAUAGACAUGUGUAUUUUUUAUUAGAAAACAUGAUAUCACUCUUUCAUAUAUUACCUUGAAGAGAACUUGAUAGGCGAUUGUUGUUGUUUUUAUAUAAAUAUGAAUUCAUAAAUUAAAGAAAAAAAUGGAAAUGAAUAUUUAUAUAGGUUUGUUUAUAUAUUAUUGUAUCGUUUUAUAAGGAGGCAAGAAAAGUUUAUAUUAAAAGUCUACAAUGCUGAAGUUAACAUAAUUCUUAUGUAAUAAAUUAAUAUUAAAUUAUGCUCUGUAUAAUUGCUAAUAUUAUAGAUUAUAUUUUGUUAAAAUCUUUCAUACUUGCAAAAAUUUGAUAUGUAAGUGGAACACAUUUUUGUCUGCGGAUCAUGUUUAAUAAAGCUGACAGGGUACUCAGCUUAUUGUUUUGAUAUUGUUUAAACCCCUACCCAGUUCUUGGGUUUGGUGAGGUAAUGGGAAGUGUUGGUGGGCUCAUAGUAUCAGUAUCAUAGUGUUGGUAGUCCCAGAUCAGCAUAAUAUAACACAGAACUGUUGUGCAUACUGUAGCUUGUAAGACUUGAUCACAUCAUUCUUCUGUGCUUGUUAAAUCAUGGAUGAUUUUCAUCAUAUAUGCUUGUCUAUUUUACACUUCACAAUGCAGGAAACAUGUUCAAGUGAUGUCAGUUGUUUGUGACAAGUGAUGUCAGUUGUUUGUGACAUGUCAAGUAAGACAGAGGCUACAGAUUUAGAAGAUGUUCUGUAUUUUUCAUCAUCAGAUUCAAACAUCCCAAAAUCUGUUAACCCUUUGCAUGCUGGGAAAUUUGUCAUCUGCUAAAAUGUCAUCUGCUGUAUUUCUAAAAUUAGCAUUUUCUUUGAUUUUUUUCAAAGAACACUUUCAGACUAGCAAACAGUUUGGAUCCUGAUGAGACGCCACGUUUUGUGGCGUCUCAUCUGGAUCUAAACUGUUUGCAAAGGCCUCCAAAAUUCGGUUCCAGCACUGAAAGAGUUAAGUUCAUUUGGGUCUGCAGUCAGUGACCGAAAAUCGUUGGUCUUUUUGUUGGUUGAAUGGUACACAGUUCUGUAUAUUCCAGCUGCAACAUUUAAGAAAGAUAAAAAAUCUUGUACAAAUUUUGAAGUUGUACUUAAAUUUUGUUUCAUGUUAUUUUUGUAAAUUGUGUCUUGUUCUGAGAAAAAUGGGCAUAAUGCAUGUGCGUAAAGUGUCGUCCGACAGGCUAAUAAGGGCCGACACUUUCCGUUUAAACUAGAUUUUCAGUAAAAAGGAACUUCCUUUAAACGAAAAAUACCAUUAAAGCAGAAAGUGUCGUCCCAGAUUAGCCUGUGCGGACUGCACAGGCUAAUCUGGGACGACACUUUACGCACAUGCAUUUUGCCCAAUUUUCACAGAACAAGACACAAUUUAUCAACUGCCCAACUAGAUGAUUGAUGUCAAGUCCUACAUAUAUGUUGUACUGGGAUUUACAUGCAAUUAUUAAAUAAGCCUUUGGUUAAUAAGAAAUAGUAAACCACUGAACAUACAUGAUUUAUUUUUGUAUUUGGUAACAGCAUUGAAACACAUUUUGACUGGGAAAAAACAUGCAUGCCUCAUUGUAUAUACAUGUAAAUGUAUCUGGUCAGUUAUAUAUUGUAAAAAAAAUUGAUCCUUUGUGAAAUCUUUAUUGUUGACGAUUUUAUGUAUUUAAUGAAUAUUGAAUGUUUAAAAGAUAUACGUCUGAUUAUAAAAAAAAGAUUUUUGUA